GGCUCCCGCGACGGCGGGGGGCUUGAAGGAUGCGGCCGUCGGGGCCCUCGGGGGCUCCCUGGGGAAGCGGCUUGGGACCCCUGAGCGGCAAAAGGAGAGAGGGAAGGAGGGCGGCUCCGAAGCCGCGGACAGGUGCGGACUCCCGCCUUCCCGCGGGGACGCGGGGGGCUGCAGGACCGCCCCCGCUGCGAUCUUCGCCCCAAGGGGCCGGGGUGACGGAGGCGACCCCGAAGGGCAGAAGGCAGCCGGCUCGGUUCCAUGGCUCCGCAGCCACCCGCCCCGUCUCAGCCCGGGUCCCGCCCCCGAGGCAGCCCUACUCCCCGCGGGAGCCGCUCCCCUCCCCUCGGAGGCCGGGAAGGAUGCGGGCGGCAGCUCCGAGCAGGGUCCAUCCUGCCAGGUCCGACAGGCGGUGAUGUGGCCAGCGACAGCUACAACAACAUCUUCCGCGACAUCGAGGGGCUGCGGCACCUGGGGGUCUCCCACUAUCGCUUCUCACUGGCCUGGGCUCGACUGAUGCCCAAUGGCACGGCACCCAUCAACCCCGUUGGGCUGGCCCACUAUGGCCGAGUCCUGAGCCGCCUGCGGGCGCUGGGCAUAGAGCCCGUCGUCACUCUCUACCACUGGGACCUGCCACAGGGCCUGCAGGAUGCCUUUGGUGGCUGGGCCAGCCCCAUCCUGCCCGAGCUCUUCCGUGACUACGCCGAGCUCUGCUUCCGGCAUUUUGGCGGACAGGUGCGCUACUGGCUGACCAUGGACAACCCUUAUGUGGUGGCCUGGCAUGGAUACGGCACGGGGCGGCUGCCACCCGGCGUGCAGGGCGGCCCACGCCUGGGCUACCGCGUGGCGCACCACUUGCUGCAGGCACACGCUAAAGUCUGGCAUCUGUACAAUGAUUAUUUUCGUCCAACUCAAAAAGGAAAAGUGUCCAUUGCUCUUAGCUCCCACUGGAUAAAACCUCAACAUAUGACUGAAAAAAAUAUAAAAGAAUGUCAAAAAUCCCUUGAUUUUGUGCUUGGCUGGUUUGCUAAGCCCAUAUUUAUUAACGGCGACUAUCCAGAGAGCAUGAGGAGUAACCUCUCAUCUCUGCUGCCUGAAUUCAGUGAAGAAGACAAGAAGUACAUCAAGGGAACAGCUGACUUUUUUGCUCUUUCUUUUGGAGCUACCCUGAGUUUCCAGCUCUUGGACUCGCACAUGAAAUUCCAGCAAUUGGAAUCAAUAAGCUUGAGGCAGCUCCUUUACUGGAUAAGCACUGAAUAUAACGACCCCCCAGUAUUCAUUGUGGAAAACAGCUGGUUUGUUUCUGGUAGCACCAAGAGAGAUGAUGCCAAAUAUAUUUACUAUCUCAAGAAGUUCAUUAUGGAAACUUUGAAAGCCAUCCGGUACGAUGGAGUUAAUGUGUUUGGAUACACAGUCUGGUCCCUCCUGGAUGGCUUUGAAUGGCACAGGGGAUACAGCAUUCGGCGCGGAUUGUUUUAUGUUGACUUCCAAAGCCACGACAAAAAGCUGAUACCAAAAUCUUCUGUCUUAUUCUAUCAGAAGCUGAUAGAAAAAAAUGGCUUCCCUCCUUUGCCUGAAAAUCAGCCCAGAGCAGGAUUCUUUCCCUGCGGCUUUGCCUGGGGGAUUGUUGACAACUACAUUCAGGAAGACACAACCCCUUCCCAGUUUCUUGACCCUAAUGUUUAUGUGUGGGAUGUUCACCAGACGAAGAAAUUAAUUAAAGUGGAUGGAGUUUUCACCUCCAAACGCAAGCAUCACUGUGUUGACUUCGCUGCCAUCAGGCUCCAGAUCUCUCUUCUGCAGGAAAUGCACGUCACUCACUUCCAUUUUUCACUGAAGUGGUCUUCAUUCCUUCCUUUAGGCAAUCUUUCUCUAAUCAACCACACACUUGUACAUUAUUAUCAGUGUUUUGCUAGUGAACUUCUCAGAGUUAAUAUAACUCCUGUUGUUGCUUUAUGGCAACCUAUGGCCGAGAAUCAAGAGCUUCCAACUUCUCUUGCCAAAUACGGGGCUUGGGAAAACUCAGAAACGGUUCAGGCUUUUGUUGAGUAUGCCAAAUUCUGCUUUGCAAGUCUUGGGGACCACGUAAAAUUUUGGAUCACAAUGAAUGAACCGUCUGUGAAAAACCUGACAUACACUGCAGGACACAAUCUGUUGAAAGCCCAUGCGAAAGCAUGGCAUCUUUAUGACAAAGAAUUCAGAAGAUCUCAGAAGGGUAAGAUAUCUAUAGCUCUGCAAGCUGACUGGGUAGAACCAGCUUGUCCCUUUUCCAGGAAUGACCAAGAAGUUGCCGACAGAAUUUUAGAGUUUGACAUUGGCUGGCUUGCAGAGCCCAUCUUUGGCAAUGGUGACUACCCACAUGUGAUGAGAGCAUGGCUUCACCAGAGAAACAGCAUUGACCUGUAUAAUUUCCACUUGCCUUCUUUCUCAGAAGAUGAAAAGAAAUUAAUUCAGGGCUCAUUUGAUUUCUUUGCCUUAAGUCACUACACGACUACCCUUGUGGGCUGGGAGAAAGAAGAUGCGCUAAAAUAUGACCACUAUCUUGAAGUUCAGAUGAUCAAUGACAUCACAUGGCUGCACUCCCCCAGCAGAGCUGCAGUAGUGCCCUGGGGACUGCGUAAAGUGCUCAAAUGGGUUAAAUCAAAGUAUGGUGAUGUCCCAGUUUACAUUAUGGCUAAUGGAAUUGAUGAUGACCAGAAUAUGGUGCACGAUAAGCUCAGAGUAUAUUACAUACAGAAUUACAUCAAUGAAGCUUUAAAAGCUUAUGCCUUGGAUAAUGUUAAUCUCCAAGGACAUUUUGUCUAUUCCUUUAAUGACAAGACUGCUCCUAAAUAUGGUCUGUACAGUUAUGUUGCAAAUCAAUAUGAACCCAAGCCUUCUAUGAAGCACUACAGAGAAAUAAUUGACAACAAUGGUUUUCCUGGUCCUGACACUGCUGAGGUGCUGUGCCCGGAGGAGGCUGCCUUGUGUCCUGAAUGCCACUUCUUCCGAACCAGAAAAUCAUUAUUUGCCUUCAUCUCUUUCAUAUUUGUUGCUUUUAUUGUUACUAUAUUCUUAAUUGCUUACUAUUCCAAAAGAGCAGAAAGACAGUAUAAAUAGAGCUGCCCCUGCAUCCAUCACCCACUGCCCAUUUUCUUGCAUCCCCUUGGGAGAUAUGAAAUAGGAGCCCACAGUGUGGUGGUCACUUCAGCACUAGGAAGGCAUGCACACUGCUUGGUGCUGCAGGACACUGACACCGAGAAAAGAUUGCUAGCGUAUGGCUUCCAGAAACCACUCUCUGUGGUUUAGUACAUUUGAUUUGGGACCAGUCUUUAAUUCCUGUGGUUGGAGCUAUCUCACACCCUUCCCUGGGAUGUUUGGCUGAGCAGAUGCUUUCCCCUCUGUGGUUUUCCCUUACUGAGUUUGAUAAGUGUGUUUUGAACACAAUGAGUGGUGGAAGAGCCUGAAUGACAAAAUUACCCAAGAAACGAUGGAAAAACAAGAUGAUUUAUACUUCCAAGGUAGGCUCUAGUGCUGAUGAUAGGUGAUCAGAGCCAACACCUGCCUGGAGCAGGGCACGUGGGUGAGCAGAGACAGAGCAGAAUAGCACGAACAGCAACUCAGGUUGCUGGGAUUCAUGUUCCCACAAACUUAUUGCUGCUGCACCACUGACUUGCUGUCUUGACUUCAUGCUUCUGAGCACAACUCAGCACUGAUGGCUGUGCAGGACUUGAGGAUCUGUUUGGGGAAUCUUAUUUCAAGGAUUUGUCAAGCAGGGAUUUGUCCUGGGAUAGCAGGGAUUGUGCCAUCCCUGAUGGGAAGAGUUGAGAAGAGUAAAAGGACCUUUCUCUGCACAUAAGUUAUACUGAGCUUGAAGAAUUUAGAUCUCAACCUUGCUCCAUAAUAACCCAACACUUUGUGGCUGCUUUUGCCAGGGUCUGAGAUCUUGGAGCUGCUGCUUCUGAAAUGAGCCAUCCAUUAUCCAUGAGGCUCUUCUGGUUCUGCAGGACGUUUUCUUUUGAGCAACAGGAUCUGGCCCUGACAACAUUUCCUUCCCAGAGUAUUACUGGGCUGAAAUUAGCAAAAUAUUAGGAGCAUCAUUUAUUAGUAGAAAUAGAGAUAGGAAAUGGAAGAAGACUGAGUGUUAUUUUGCCUGCUUUGUGAAUUACUGUGUUAGGAGCGUCUGUGGUAGAAAGCAGUGUGGCCAUUUUUCUCCACCUCUAACUCUGGGCCUGCAUAGCCUUCAGCUGUAAUUGUGUUUUUAUUGCUAUGUGAAUAAUGUCAGUCACUGGAAAGAAUAUUUUAAAGGAAAUGUGCUCUGUGUUAAUUAAGAAUUAUUUAUCUACUAAGCUGAUUACACUGUAUUAAAUGUGAUGUUUAUCUGCUAGAUGGCUAACAGAUGACUAAAUGACCUCCUUUGGUUCCUUCCAAUCUGAAUAUUUUACGAAUCUGUGAUUCUGUGUUGCACAUUAAAGCUUAUGUAUGAAAUACUGUUUUCAUUUGUAACUGAAAACUAUAUGUUUUUCUUAAAUAAUCUGUAGAAAUAGAAGAGUAUUUUAUCACCAUGAUUAAUAUAUUUGCCCUUCAGUUCUGGUCUUAAAAUGGUCUCUCUUUGCACUAAUGUAAAUUUUGAUAUCAAGGUGAAAAUAUAUUUGAUAUUAAGGUGAGAAAUUCCAGGUAAGUCAAGAAGCAUUAAAAAUAUACAUAAAAAUUAUUUAUAGCAUGAUAGCACUUGCUGAAGAAGAGCAAAUUUUAAACUGCUGUACUUAUGCCUUGCUGCCUGGUGCAGUGAGGAUUACAAAGAAAUCGCUCACACUAAGUGUAUGAAAUGCAAAAUGGUUUUCUCCAUGUCACUGCAAUGAAUCGCAACGCGUGUGCAUUUACUCCGUUGUGUCAGACAGCUUCUCAAUCUGUAACAAAAAGUGACAUUUAUUCAAAAUGUAGCCCGGUCAUAUGUAACUUCCACAUUGUAUGUGAAUAUGUGUUUUAAUGAUUUUGUUGUUGGUAAAAUAAAACGAAACCAGGCCUGAUCUUCUGGGGGAGCUGAGUAUCCAUAUCCACCUUGGGCUUCUGAGGUUCAAUGGACUUGAGAAGGCAAACACAAUGGACUUGGGAAGGCAAAGGACAAUGAGGUGCUGUGCUGGUGGGUGCUGAGGCUGUACCCAGACUGUGCUGGCACUGCACUGACAGCUUUCCAUCCUGCACGUUGUGUUAGUGUGCUAAUGGACAAGCCGGUCACAGUGCGAGGGGUGAAGCCAGCAGUCCUAGCGAGGAGACACUGCAGGCUGGGUGAUAUGUAACCACUGACAGGCAGAUGGCACCAGCUGGAUAGCUAAUUUGUGCGUAAAUUGGUAUUUGCUACUGCAAAGCUGCGUGAUCACAUCCUGUAAUGGUGCCACGGCCCAUAGGAAUAACACAGCCUUUGGUGCUUUGCCCUUCAGGAAUGGGUUUCGAUGACACUGCACAGUUGGCCCUGGGGAUUGCUGAAGCUCUGACCUCGGCAGCCUGCCUGUGGUAUGGCACGUGGCUCUGAGCACCCAGAUCGAGCUGUGGGUGUCCCUGUUCAGUGCAGGGGAGUUGGACCAGGUGAUCUUAAAGGGUCCCUUCCAACUCAAAUGAUACUAUGAUUCUAUGAUUUUAAGUUAUCAGGGGCCAGUGCAUGUUUCUUGUCAAUUUUCUUAAAAAUGCUAACAACAGAAAAGCCCUGGAGGCAAAGAUCAGGCCCUGGCCAAGGAAGGGGACGUGCGAUGUGCUCAUGCAGAUAGCUCCAGCCAGCACCUCCUGUGACCCAGCUGUGGCCAUGGGAUUUUCUGGACUGAAAAGUUGUUGCUCAAUGCUCCAAAUUAAACACCCUGUAAAAUAAUAUAUAUAUACUUUUAUUCAAAAUAUUUUUUGAUUUGAGUGCAAUGCUUCUGUUUUCUUUCUCAAGACUGUGCAGUGUGAGUGCCAGAGGGAUCUUCACUAAUUGCAAGAAUGAAUUUUAUAUUGUUUUUACAACAAUCGUAGAAAUAAAGAUACUGUAGAUAACAAA